AAAAGGCCCAAAAACGGGUUUCUCCAACCAGUAGUGAUGCCCAACAGGCCUGGUUAAUCCAGAUGUGAUCUUGCGAGCCCAUAAGGCAACACAGAAGGCUCAAGGCCCACCACAGAAAACCUGACUUCCUGGGUCUGGACUCUUGAUUGUCGUAGAAAAGAAGUUUUGUUGACUUGGUGAACUGAAUCUUAUUCGGAGGAGUUGUUUGACGUGGUGUUGUGUUGUAUUGGUUAAAUUCGUCUUGUUUAUCAUUGGCUUGCUUGGUUGUAUAUGGUGGUGUGAGAAUUGGGGGCUGUUUUAUGCUAAUUAAGCUCCGAUUAUGUUGAGCGCUUGAUGCGCACAUCAAAUGUUCGACGAAAUGUCAAAACAGCCUGCAUCAUCCCCUGUCGUCAUCAGAAGUUUAACUUAUACUCUCACUUGAAUGUGAAUCUAUAAGUUCAAAUAUAGACAAAUCUGAAAUGGCAUCUUCCUGUGUUCUGAAAACCUUGAAAUAGGAUGCCCAUCAUGAGUCAUGGCCUUGGCAUAUAUAUGUGGAGUAGACUUUUUUGCAAAACAAGAAUAUUCCAUUACACAAUACCACCCAGAACUUGUGAAUUUGUGAUGCAAGUGAUGACAUAGCCGUCUGUCUGUCUAGCUAGCACUUGAGUCAAUAACGGCAAGCCUUAUGUGUCGUAUAUAGUGCAAAAGGCAGAAGGCAAGGUAACUGGUUGAACAGGAGAAAGUAAUGGCAUCUUCCUCUGUUGUUCAGUUGAUGAUCAGUUGCUCUGCUAAGAAGCCUUCACUCUUCACCAACUUUGAUCACUUCAUUAAGAGUAGCAUCCCCUCAUCUACAUCACUUUCAUUUGUGAGAGAACUGCAGAAAGUACUCCCAUUGCAAGUAGAAGUUCCCAAAAUCGUGAAAUCAGCUUGUAUAAAACUGGUGGACGCCUUUGUUGAUUCAGUGUUUGAGUUUGUAGACCAGCCAGUCAUCCCCUCUCAGAGUAACUUUGCACCACUUGAUCAUGAUCUCAAAGAAGCUGUAUUCAUCACUGCUGUGAAUAUUGAAGGGAGGAUUCCAGAUGAUUUCACGGCAGGCGUCUAUGUCAGAAAUGGACCAAACCCUCUUUUUGGAGGGUUGAAAUCAACAAUUUCCAAGUUUGGAAGGUCUAGUCAUACAUGGAUUGAGGGAGAAGGAAUCCUGCAUUCUUUGUACUUUAAUAAACACAGCAGUGAUGGGACCUGGACUAUCCUCUAUAAUAACAGAUACGUUGAAACUGAAACUUAUAAGCAAGAGAAACAAAGAAACAAGCCAUCUUUUCUUCCAGCCAUAGAAGGCGAUUCACCGGCUGUUGUGUCAGCGUACUUGCUUAAUUUGUUGAGAUUUGGGAAAGUGAACAAAGACUUCAGCAACACCAAUGUUUUUGAGCAUGCAGGGAAGUUCUACUCAAUUGCGGAAAACUAUGUUCCUCAAAUGAUCGAUAUUUUUACACUAGAAACAUUAGGGGAUUGGAGCAUAGAUGGUUCUUGGAAUCGGCCUUUUACCGGCCACCCCAAGAGAGCUCCGGGAUCUGGGGAAUUGGUUAUAAUGGGCGUUAACGCAACUAAGCCAUUUCUUGAAGUCGGUGUGAUUUCUGCUGAUGGGAAUAGUUUAGUUCAUAAAGCGGAUAUCAAACUUAAUAGGUGUACCCUCUGCCAUGAUAUAGGGGUUACAGAAAGGUAUAAUGUGAUCUUGGACUUCCCACUAUCCUUGGACAUAAACAGACUUAUGUCAGGAGGCCCUUUAAUAAAGUACAAUAAGGAAGGAUAUGCAAGGAUUGGGGUAAUGCCUCGCUAUGGUGAUGCGGAAUCAGUCAAGUGGUUUGAUGUGGAACCAAAUUGCACAUUGCACGUUCUCAACUGUUUUGAGGAUGAUGCUGAGGUUGUGGCGUGGGGAUUCAGAGCUCAUGAAUCAAUUAUACCAGGACCUGACUUUGGUUUGAAUAAGUUUGAAUGGUUUUCGACAAGACUCAAGCCUAUAGAAUCUGAUGGUGUAGAAGAUGAAUGUGUCUUUUCUCGUGCUUAUGAAUGGAGGUUGAACAUGAAAACUGGAGAGGUCAAGGAGAGAUAUCUUACCGGUACUGAAUUCGCCAUGGAACUUUCAAUGAUCAAUGGAGACUUCACUGGACUUAAAAAUAGAUAUGGCUACACUCAAGUUGUUGAUUCUAUUGCCAGCUCUGCCUCAGGAUUGCCAAAAUAUGGAGGCCUAGCAAAGCUAUACUUAGAAGAGCAGGACACUGAAUCUGAAGGUCUCGUAAGGGUGGAGUAUCACCAUUUUGAAGAGAACAUUUUUUGCUCUGGAGCUGCUUUUGUACCAAAAGAAGGAGGUACUGAAGAAGAUGAUGGUUGGAUGAUCACCUUUGUUCACAACGAAGACACUAACAUAUCUCAGGCUUAUAUCAUUGACACAAAGAAGUUCACAUGCGAACCAGUUGCGAAGAUUACACUGCCUUGCAGGGUACCUUAUGGUUUUCAUGGUGCAUUCAUGCCAAUAUCCGUGCAAAUUAGCCCAAAGGUCUAGCAUGUAUAUAUCCCAACUUUAAAUUUCUUUGUAAGAUUAGUUGUUCGUAUGUAUUGAUUUGGGAUCUCAAGCAGAAUUUGGUGGUUUUAAGAAAAUAUGAAUAAUAGAGUUGGGUAGCCAA